UAUUUCAAUUUACUAAUUCAACUGUACACAAUAAUAAAUCAACUCCAUCUCCAAAAACGCGGUUUCUUCUGCUUUAAGAAACUAUUCAUCCCUAAAUUUUUCCGAAACCCUAAAAAAUCAAAACUUUUUUCCUCUCUUCCCUUUCAACAAUGGCGUCUGCGAAACCAACGGACCAAAUCAAACAACUCAAAGACAUCUUCACACGUUUCGACAUGGACAACGACGGAAGCUUAACACAGCUCGAGCUCGCGGCGCUUCUCCGUUCUCUAGGGAUCAAACCACGCGGCGACCAGAUCUCUCUUCUCUUAAACCAGAUCGACCGCAACGGCAACGGAUCCGUCGAGUUCGAAGAGCUCGUGGUGGCGAUACUGCCUGAUAUCAACGAGGAGGUUCUGAUAAACCAGGAGCAGCUCAUGGAGGUUUUCAGGUCGUUUGAUCGCGACGGGAAUGGUUCGAUCACGGCGGCGGAACUUGCCGGGUCAAUGGCUAAAAUGGGACAUCCGUUGACUUACCGUGAGUUGACGGAGAUGAUGAGGGAAGCUGAUUCUAACGGUGACGGUGUUAUUAGUUUUAAUGAGUUUGCUCAUAUUAUGGCUAAAUCUGCUUCUGAUUUUCUUGGAUUAGCUGUUUAAUUAAUUUAUUAAUUCUCUGUUUUAAAAAAAAAAAAAAAAAAUUUCUCUUCUUCA